AUGAGCAAAAGGAUUCACGUUUCUUCUCUCAAGGAAGUGUUUCAAGUCUAUGGUGUUGUUCUGGAUGUGUUCAUUGCGUAUAAGAGUUUGAAAAGGAAAUCUGUGGGUUUUACUUUUGCUUUCGUUAGGUUUAGGAAUAGAUUUGAAGCAAACUUGGCGGUUAGGAGAGCUGAUGGUAGGGUGUUGGAUGGUUUCAAGAUUAGAGUUUUCCAUGAAUAUAAGUAUGAUAGGCUUAGUAUAGAUGUGGUAAGUAGUCUUAAUAAGGUUUGGAAGCCAGUUUUAAGGGAUGCUAGGUCGGUUUUAAAGGAUAAGGAUGUGCGUUGGGAGUAG